AUGGCCUCUGAAUUCCCCAGAAGACUUUACACCAAAGGGUUUGAGCCAGUCCCGGAUAAAAGCAUCGGCUAUUACGCUGAUGAUUAUAGGCUGGUCCCUGCACUAAAGUCAGCUCUAGAGGAGGAUGAAUGGGAAGAGAUUUACGAGUCACCGUUGGGUGUCUUUUUAAAGUUCCACGAGUUGGAUUUUGGUUGGGCUUCUAGGCUGGUGCACCACAUGCUGACCUUUCAGAUAGUUUGCAAGCAGAGGUACAAGAUAUGGAGCCUCAUUGGUACCACUCCAAUUCGGUUUUCAUUGCAUGAGUUUGAGGAGAUCACCGGACUCAACUGCGGGUACGUGGAUGACUUGGCUUUAACUGAUCUUGCGCUUGAAGAUGACACGCGUGCAUUUUGGGAGUUAAUGGGGGUCGAUGCCAAGUCGGGCCCAAGCACUACCGAAAUUAUCGAAGCCUGUUCCAACUGCUCAUCAUGGUCUCGUGAUGAUAGGCUGCGGUUGGGUUAUCUUGGGAUCUACGCUGGUUUCAUAGUGGCAACGAGACCCGGCUCAUCCACAAAUGUCAACCAUGCCAGACUAGUGAUGGAUCUCGAAGGUUUUAAGGAGUUUCCAUGGGGAAGAAUUGCUUUUCAGCAUUUGAUUAAUUCUGUUAAGGAGAAAGAUCUCAGCAAAAACAUUCAUAUAGAAAGAUUUGUGCAAGCUCUUCAAGUGUGGGUGUACUAUGCUCUACCGGAUUUUGCUGCUGAAUUUGGCGAACCAUUGCCAAAUGUUACUGAAGAACCUCCUUUGCUGGCUUACAAAGGAUCCAGAGGACGAAAGAACGUCAAAGCCAACAUGCUAAAACAGGCUCGCAUACAGUGCUGCGUGGCUAAGGACUUGGCGGAUAUGUUUCCCGUGUGGGAUGAUGACGAACAGGAUCCAGCUAUUGUCAAGAUUGUCAAUGCAAUCCAUGACCCCAAUUUCAGGUUCUCAAAAAACCAUUGGCCUUUGGAAGGUGUUUUGGGUGCACACAUCAUCAAGUCAGAAGCCGGAAAGAGGAGCCUUCCCUCAGAUGAAUCAAGUCGCAAGAGAUCCCGCACAGCCUCUGCAUCUGCCGCAUCAUUCGUUGGUGAUGAAGGGGUCGGAGUUGUCGCUACUAUGAAAGCGCACUUCGACCAAUGCUUCGAAAGCUUUUCAACCAAGAUGCUGAAUGGUCUUGAUAGCUGUGAAAAGCAGAUCAAACUUCUCACCGAGAAGGUUGAAUCUGUAGAGCGUGCGGUAGAAGAGUUGACUACGGGGUCGGCGAAACACACUGAGGAAGAGCCAAUCCAGCAGCAGGGCACUGGAUCCAAGAAGCAUGAAGGGAGUAAUUCAGAGAAAGAUGAUGCUCCGAUGAAAGCUAAUGUCAACGUUGGUGCGUGUGAGAGUGUUAACGCCCCCGGGGAUGCAAAAGGAAAGAAGGCUGCCGUGAAUGAAGAAGAGGCCCCAGAGCCUAGUAUUUGUGAAAUUGACCCGAAGACGUGUGAUGUAGACUUCGACGCGGUUGCACUUGACAAAAAUGCCAAAGCCAGAGAAGCGGCUCAGCUAGUUGCCCGAGCAACGAGUGCCCGACACCGCCAGCUGGCUGCGACACAGAAGAGUCCCUUCUUAGGAAACAGCACCGCAAAGGCCAUCAUUCCAUCGUCGGCAUCUCACUCCGGCCGUGCCCGUGGAUAUGAUCCUUUUGAUCAAACCGGUGUCAGGGCGAAGCAUACCACUCUAAUGAACUUUAUCAAAUCAAACCCUGCCUGGCCAAAACGCCCAAGAAACUCUUCGAUCGAUUGGUAUUACACUCUCCGGACACCGACGAAAUGGCUAGCUGAUACGCACAUGGAAGCUUACAUCAACCUACUCAAGCUGCGAUUAUCCAAGCAUCCGGAGUGGUUUGUAUCCGACCGGAUUUGCUUCCUGAACUCCAUGUUUGCUACUGUUUGGAGGCAUGACUACGAAGACUUCAAAAAAUCCGAGCCGAAUGCAGAUGGGGCUGGCAAACUUCUGCCGCCUGGAGCAUAUUCGUACUACACUGGCGAAUUACCUAUCUACUGCCAGACUAAGAAGACGUGGGCAUAUGAUGUGGACUCGUUGUACUCCAUGUUGCACAUUAGGGAGGACCAUUGUGUAGCAAUAUGGGUCUCAUUUGUGACCAAGCAUAUCACGGUUUGGGAUAGCCAUGCGCGAACCAGACAUGCAUCUGACGAACAAAUUGCUGAAGCUGUGGAGCCUCUUGCGGUUAUGAUACCCUACCUGCUUCAGACAUGUGCACCUGACGAUGACAAGUGGAGAUUCCCCUACACGCCGUUCACCCAUUCGCGAGUACCAGGUACGGAGAUACCUCAAAACAUUCAGAGUGGUGAUUGCGGAGUGUACUGCCUGAAGUACAUCGAGUGUCAUGCAUUGGAUUUGCCAUUUCCUCCGGAACUCUGCGAUAAAAACAUGCGAAAAAUCAGGGAGAAAAUGGCUGCAGAGAUCUAUGACGAAACAGGAUGUAAGGGCCAUGAUAAGCUAGAUGCAACCGGGCUGGAUGUUUAUGAUAGGCAAGCUUAG